CUCAACACAGAGAGCCAGCUGAGCAGCUGACAGAGAACAGGCAUGAACGACAUCAAGCUGGCCCUGCUGGGAAGCCAGGGGGCUGGGAAAUCAGCUGUCCUUGUGCGGUUCCUGACCAGGCGCUUCAUCGGUGAAUACGCCUCUAACGCCAAUUCCCUGUACCACAAAAGGCUGUCAAUCGAUGGCAGGCAGCUAAAUCUGGAAGUUUUUGACCCCUGCUCUCAGAGCUCAGAGGCCCGGUGUAUACUGGAGGAGCCGGUGGAUUGGGCAGAUGGCUUUGUGGUGGUGUACAACAUCAGCGACCGCCCUUCCUUCAUCAACGCCAAGAACAUCCUGCGGCAGAUUCGGGAGGCGCGCAUGGACAACUGCAAAGGGGAGGUGGAGGUUCCCGUGUGUCUGCUGGGAAACAAGCAGGACCUGUGUCACGCCCGGCAGGUGCGUGAGGACGAGGGCCGCUGCGUGGCCCAGGAGAGCCGCUGUCACUUCCAGGAGGUCUCGGCCGCCGAGAGCUACCAGGACAUCGCCGGCCUCUUCACACAACUCAUCCGGAAGGUGAUGGAGCACCUGAAGUACAGGGCCGACCGGCGGCGCUACAGCGGCUCCAAGUCGAUGGCCAAGCUCAUCAACAACGUGUUCGGCAAGAGGAGGAAGUCAGUGUGAGGAAGUAAGAAAGAGAAGAAAGGGAACUGUUCAUUCUGAGAACUGCUUCAGUACAAACAUUAACCUCAUGUUGCUCACACUGUGAGCAACAUGCAAGAGUCCAAAUUAUACUUUUCUACAAUCUUUGACAAGUUUUGUGCUUUUAGUUGCUUUAGUUUUUCCUAAGAUAUGUUUCCCUGCUUUGAGUUAAGACAAAGAGUUAAGCUAUUUGGAAAAGGACUUAUUAUGUUGCUAUGAUUAAAGCAAAGCAGGAUGUUGUUGACCUGGAGGUCAGAGGUCACAAAAGUACAGGAACAUAAAAGGAAAAAGUUUGAAAUCUGACUUUUCUCUUAAAUUCAAAUGUAAAACAAACAAACAAACACUCUUGUCACAACUUGUACACAUAAACAUCAAGAGUGGCUCCAAGUAGAUUUUGCGUUUAAAAGGAUCACAUGUUGAAAAGGUUGGAAAUCUUGACUCCAGAAGGUUAUUGUUUAUUAUUUCAGUAUCAAUACCACUUUUUUAUAUCUUACUUUUGGGAGUAUUAACAUGAACAAUUUUUCUAUGAAAUACUCUUUUUUAAUGUAACCCUCCCCCCACCAACAUGUUUAACAUAUAAGGACUACCUACAAGGACCCCAAGAAUAAACUACUGUGUAGCAAAAUGUGAAUUUAUUUCUCCCCAAAUCAGGAUUAUUUGUGUAAUUAAUGCCAUCUGAAGAAUUAUUUUAAAAAUUAUUUUAGGAAAGUCCGCCUACAUAAUAAUGUUCUUUAAAAUGCACCAAUUAUAUAACACAAACGGACAACAACUAUAUGAAGAACAAAGAACAAAUUGAUUUAUGAAAAACUGGAAUGAUAGAAUGAAGCACCUGUGAAAUUUGACAAAAAGUUGACCUUUGUGGUUUGUUAUGUUAAAAGCCUUGCAAACCUGAAAAAAGCAAUAAAAAGACACCACAACAUAAAUGCAAGUCUAUAAAAAUGCAAACGCAUCACCUUUCGUUUUGAACCUGGACUUUGGAAGAGCCAGAACAAGGAGCUUUAAAAGUGAUCAGUAAAAUCUUAAAAACAAUGAUAAAACGAACAGGGGGCCAAUAGAGUCAUCUGUUAAAACCAGCUAUUGCAACUACUUGGAGGCGAUAGAGUGACUUUCGGUUGAUCCCAGAAAUAUAAAUGUGAGCGUAAAUCUAUUAAAGAAUGAUGCCCCAAACAUGUGAAUACAGUUCUCACAGACCACAUCAUCAAUCAGAAUGUAACUUAUCAUGCAGUGACAACUUUUACUCCUUAUGAAAGCAUGCUUUGAUUCAGACUCAGUUUGUUACAACAGAUAUUCAGAAAAUACUCUCAGAGCAUCGUUCCCGGCUCGUUUACCGCUUUUCACAUGAAACACUCUGGCUCGUAUCAGAUGUGGGAAGCUUUGAUUGUCUGUAAUCAGCUUCUCCUCAGUCUCUCACUCAUCAGACAUAACUGUUUAUCAUUAAAGGUAAUCACAACACAGAGGAAUGAAGAGUUCUGAUGAGUUGUUGAUUUGCUGGUGACGUUGAGAAGUUUUCCCGCCCUCAUCACGGUGCCCUCGUCGUGAACUCACCGGUUACUAACCGUCGUCGCUGUCGGUUGUUACUUUAAGCAUCUCCGUCUUUAGUUUUAAAACUGCCCUUCUGCUUCGUACAGGCGGCAGCCUCUGGUUCUGAAAAGUGAAGCCAAUGCGGAAGUGAACUUGCAAUCUUUC